GAGUGUCAGCCACAUGGCUUUAGCCCAGUGUGUGUUGUGACAGUGAGAGACAGAGUGUGCGUGUGUGUGUGUGCAUCAAGGAGAGACAGUGAGUGAGAGACCCCGACAAAAGGAGGGAGAGAGAACAGAGAAAGACGCUUCCUCUUUGGAUCCCAGUCAGAGUUUGCCCUUCUUCUUUUUGCUCUUCUUCUUUGUGUCUUUUGAAUUUUGGGAACGAGCAGCAGUCCUGUCUUUAUGAGCAGCCGCAGCAGCGUGUUUGUUUAGUCCUGGGGUUUUAGUGGACUGCCCUGCUGCACACGCCCACGACACCUCCAUCAGGAUCUUCAUGUGUCGCAGGGAGCUGGACAGGACAGCUCAGUGGACAUGGACCGCCUGAACAGGAACAUGCCGGAGUGUGGACGGCAAACUCACCAGGUCUUGCAGAGCACCCCGCUGGACCUGAUCGAGACCGGGAAGGGGCUGAAGUUCCAGGCAGAGCGCCCCCACCUGGUCAGCCUGGGUAGCGGGCGACUGAGCACCGCCAUCACCCUGCUGCCCCUGCCUGAGGGUCGGACCACUAUCGGUCAUGGUCUCAUGGACAUCAGCAUCCAGGGCCCUGGUGUGGCCGCCCAGCACUGCUACAUAGAGAAUAGAUCAGGGGUCAUCACGUUGCAUCCGUGUGGGAAUCUCUGUGCUGUUGAUGGGCUCCAGAUCAAACAGCCCACCCGCCUCUCACAAGGCUGCAUGCUGUGUUUUGGCCAGUCAGCAUUCUUCCGCUUCAACCACCCCGAGGAAGCCUCCAGGAUGAAGAGCAUGAUGCCCCAGGGAGGAAGCGUCUCCACCAGGGACUACAGACUAUGCACAGACACAGAGAGUUUGGUCAAUGGGAAUCACCAGGCCAGUCCAGGCCAGUCUCCCCCAGCUCCUGGAGAGAAAGUCCAGUCUGAGCACAGUGCGAUCGUCAGCUCUAUUGAGAAGGACCUCCAGGAGAUCAUGGACUCCCUAGUCAUGGAUGACCCUCAGCCUUCUUCCUCGGAGGCAAAAAAACCUCCUGGAGGUCACUCCCCCCUGUCACCCAUGGUCAAUGGAGGGGGUCGUUAUCUAUUGUCCCCUCCUACCAGCCCAGGGGCCAUGUCUGUGGGCUCUAGCUAUGAGAAUACAUCCCCUCCUUUCUCCCCGCUAUCCUCCCCCUCAGCGGCCAGCAGUGGGAGCAUUACCAGCCCCUCUCCUAGUGGAGGACCCCAGGACCAGAGUUCUUCUCUGCCGCCAGUGCCUGUACGCUCCUCUAGCUACAACUUCACCACCCAGCCUCCGCCUGUACCCCAGCCACGGACCAUACUGCCUAACUUCAGCAGCAGCGGGGUGGGCCACAAAGUUCAGGAGAGCCCCAGGCUGCAGCGAAAGGUCUUAACAGAAGCUCCUGCAAGCCCCAAGCCAAGCCGCAGAGGACUAGGCCAAGAUGGGCCUGAGAGCCCUCGACAGACCUCCUUUCUGUCUUCUAACGAAUCUCUUAGUAGCAGAAACGUUGUGCCAAGUAGCCCAAGACUUACUCCCAAAUUUCCCACCUUUCCAUCACCAUCGCCAUCCAGCCCAAGGACCAAGACUACCACGGUGCUCCAGGAAAGGCCUGCCAGCCCCUUUAGAGAGCAGACCAGUCUAAGUGAUCACUCCCUUACCUCUAGCCCCCCCAGGCAGCUUUCUCAACCAACCAGAGCCUUCCAGCCUCCCCUGGACCCCAUCGUCCAUAUCAUUCAAGGUUCCCCACUCCAGCAGCAUCCACGCUCGCUGCAGCCCCCUGAAAGCCCUCGCAUGGCCAGGAGAAACAUGGAACUGAAUGGGGGAAGUGGAGGGAGCAGUAGUAUGAGAGAGCUGCCACCUUUAAGUCCAUCCCUGGCUCGGAGAGGGGUUCCAGUUCUCCCAGGGGCGCUUCCAGGGACAGUUCCCACAAUGAGGACUCCAGACAGCCCCUCAGGUCUGAGCAAGCUUGUCCCAGAGAGUCCCAGACUUCGACGCAAGACUGGAUCUACAUCAGAGGAACCAACAUGCAGCAGAGGAAUUCGAGCUCGCAGUCCAUCGCCCACCUCCAUGAUGAUGGAGGGCAGUGGUGGCACCGGGGUACGGAAGGCGAGCUUUGGGAAUUCCUUGUCCCCUGCUUACAGCCUUGGUUCCCUACCCGGUUCAUCCCCUGUAGCCAGUCCCAGGACCCACAGGAAGAUGUCCUCAGGGAGACCCCACCCUGGCAUGAGAGAGAGGAAGAACAGCAUCACAGAGAUCAGUGACAACGAGGAUGAGCUGCUGGAGUACCAUCGACGACAGAGAGAGGAGAGGCUUCGAGAGCAGGAGAUGGAGAAACUGGAGAGACAGCGACUAGAGACCAUCCUAAACCUGUGCGCUGAGUACAACAAAGGAGAGACCUCCGGCCUGGAUCCUCUGUCCUCGGGGAGGAGCGGUUUCCCUGGGUUUAUGUCCGAUGGCUCUGGACGUAGACCAUCUAUGGAGAAUAUCCUAGGAGGCACGCCGUCCUCAAGUAUGCUCCGCCUGGCGCAGAGGCAGAGGGAGAGCGACGAGGAGAACCUGAAGGAGGAGUGUAGUAGUACUGAGAGCACUCAUCAGGAGGUGAGGACAUCUGCUCCCAGCGCAGCUUCAGCACUGCACAAUGGAGACCGACAGCAUGAGGACUCUUCCAUUUCAGGCAGCGCAGGUCGUUUGGAGCUGGGUUACUUGGAGGAUGAGCGGGUUCGCGUUCUGGCUCGGAUCGAUGAGCUCAAAACCCGCCUAACCGAACUGGAGCAACAACUCCAGGAGUCCAAACAAGAGGCGGAGAUGGAGCGUGCCUUGCUGCAGGGCGAGAGGCAAGCAGAGCUGGACCAGAUCGAGGCUGAAACGGACAUAAUCACUCAGCUGCAGCACAAGCUGGACGAGCUGGAGAGCGCCAUCCAAAGGGAGAAAGACAAGGAGAGGGCUAAUGUUGAGGCCGAGCGCCGGGCCCUGCAGAGCCUCCAGGAGGGCUACGCUGAGCUGAAGAACCAGCUACAUAACUGUCCCGAGUCCCUGCGGGAACAGUUACAGGAACAGCUCAAAAGGGAUGGAGAGGCGCUGGAAGCGGGGACUAAAAAGUUUGAGGACUUGGAGUUCCAGCAGCUGGAGAGAGAAAGCAGCCUGGAGGAGGAGAGAGAGACCAUCAGCCAGCAGCUACUGCAGGAGAGAGCAGAGUACAACAGCAGUGUGGCCAAGAGGAAGGACAAGGUGUCCGCUCUGGAGAACCAGGCCAAUCAGCUCGGCCUGCAGGCCUCUCAGGAGUGCGAGCGACUGGCCAAAGACAGGACGCUCGUGCUGCAGAUGCUCCAAAAGGAGAAGGAGCGACUCUCGGCCUUGGAGAAGAGAUACCACAGCCUGACUGGAGGAAAGAGCUUCCCCAAGUCUUCCACUGCCAUGAGGGAGGGAGCGCUCCAUAUCAGCGAGGCCGACCUGCUGUUGGAGGACGUCCACUCCUCCCAGCGCUCCCUCUGUCGAGCCUCUCCUUCCUACUUACAUCCCUCCCCUCCCUGUCAGUUGUACCCCAGCAGCCCGACGGAGGAGUAUGUGACAGUGGGCCAGUUAAAUCAGAUGUAUGGGAUGCCAAAGGUGGAGUCGUCCCCUACCUCCCCGCUCCACCGGUCCCUGCCGCCCGGAGCAGUGGACCCCGCCUUCUCCUGCUUCUCCUCUCCUCAUGGCUCCUCCCUCUCUCUCUCUGUGGAGCACCAGUCUGAGGGCAGUAGGCCUCACCUCCCCAAGCUAGAUUUAGAGCAGUGGUACCAGGAGCUGAUGGCUUGCUCCAGCCAACUCUGUCCUCCGGCUCUGCCGGCCAAGUCACUGUCAGGCCGCAGACCUGUGCUGCAGGUGUUCCGCUCCAAACUGGACAGCGACCCAGGCCUCUCUAUCCAUCAGCCUAAAUCAGGCUCUGCCUCCCCUCUGCUGCACGGAGCGGCUACACUGGGACGCAACUCAAACUCAAAGAGCCCCCUGCUGGCGGUCGGUAGCACUGGAAGUCUGCCCAGGAACCUGGCUGCGACCCUGCAGGACAUCGAGACCAAGAGACAGCUCGCCCUGCAGCAGAAAGAGCCCCAGACCUCCAGACAGAACACCACAGAGGGAAGCUCAGCAGGUCAGCAGGUGAUCGAUGAGCAGCGCCGUCGUCUGGCUGAGCUCAAGCAGAGAGCAGCGGCCGAGGCCCAGUGCCAGUGGGAUGCGCUCCACGGCUCCCAGACUCACCUCAUGACUUCGUCCUCCCCGUCGCCCUCCUACUCCCCCAUCCUGGCUUACAGCCCCGCGUUGAGCCACAACUCUAUGGGCCCACCUCCUAUGGUCCAUCACUCUAUCCUUCACCACCAGCCUCCGUCGGCUGGAGAGCAGCCCUACGACACGCUGAGCCUGGAAAGCUCGGACAGCAUGGACACCAGCGUGUCCACUGGGAACAACUCGGCCUGCUCGCCUGAUAACAUGUCCAGUGUUGGAGGGGUGGACGCUCUGAAGAUUGAGGAGAUGGAGAAAAUGCUGAAGGAGGCGCAGCUGGAGAAAGCCAGACUUAUCGAGUCGCGGGAACGAGAGAGCCUGGCUCGCCGUCAGAUGCUGGAGGAGGAGAGGAGGAGGAGGGAGGAGGCAGAGAAGAGACUGCAGGAUGAAACUUUCCACCGGCAGCAGCUAGUGGAGAAGGAGGUCAAGAUGAGGUCCAAGAACUUCUCUCAGGCCCGUCCUAUGACCCGCUACCUGCCCAUCAGGAAGGAGGAGUUCGACCUGCGCUCGCACGUUGAGUCGUCGGGCCACAGCGUGGAUACGUGCUACCACGUCAUCCUCACCGAGAAGAUGUGCAAGGGCUACCUGGUGAAGAUGGGAGGAAAGAUCAAGUCCUGGAAGAAGCGCUGGUUCGUCUUCGACCGCCUCAAAAGAACGUUCGCCUAUUAUGUUGACAAACACGAGACCAAGCUGAAGGGGGUGAUUUACUUCCAGGCUAUAGAAGAGGUCUAUUACGAUCACCUGCGCAGCGCCACGAAGAAGGGAUUUUUCAACUUGAAUAUGACCAGUAGCCCCAACCCAUCCCUGACCUUCUGCGUCAAGACCCACGACCGGCUCUACUACAUGGUGGCCCCCUCGGGCGAGGCCAUGAGGAUCUGGAUGGACGUGAUCGUCACAGGGGCAGAGGGAUACACGCAGUUCAUGAACUGAGAGGCGCGGUCAGGGCGCAGGUAGCAUCGGCAGGGACUCUCCCAUCACAGACUCUACCCCCCCCCUGUUUCCAGUCCACCGCGGACACAGCGCCUUGUUUGUUACUUUUACGUUUUUAAUCUCACACUUUUGAUUUUACUGAGUAGAUGUUUCCACCUCCACAUUUUCUAUGUGAUUCUGUUUUGGAUUGAAAAAGGGAGCCCAUAGUGGACACACACACACACACACUUCUGUAUAUAAACCAAAACGUAUACCUGUCAAAGACUCUGCAAAGCCUUUCUAAAUUGCCAAAUGGAGAUCUUGUAGUUACUGUUAGUUGAAUCUUUUGUAUUAUUUGUUUCCUUUACUUCUUUUUUUUUUACUCAUAGAGACAAUUGCCAAAUGACACAACGCCAAUGUUUUUGUUUGACUGUUCCGUCACAACUCUGCUAAGUAGGACAGAGACCGUUCAGUAUAGUCUGUAAUCGUUAUAGAAAUAUAUCUGAAAGAAUAUUGUAUAAAUAUAUGAGAUACUAGAAUCCAGUCCGUCGGCAGGGGCGCGAGAGGAUCAGAGAGUCCAGCACAUUUGUUUGUUAACGGCGAAGCACAGUAGAGCACUGCAUCCUCCGAGUCCACAGCGGUCACGUGGCCUCGCUGCUGCUGAAGAGCAGACUGAAGACCAAACCAAGCAGCAUCUACGGCAAACGAAGUUAUCCACAUCUACGUCCUGGUCACGACGGUCCUUCACACAGGCUCACCAAAGCACUCCUCGACACGCUGUCAGACUUUGACCCUCUACGCUCAGGAGUUCAUGCUGCAGUUCUCACUAUGUUUUGAUCAGGACAGGGUUUAGAAAGUCACUAAUCAGUACUGAAGCUGCUCAUCAACGCUGGUCUGAGUAGCAAAUCGAAGCUUCAUGACUGGAACCAUCCACACACACUAGAAAGGAAGUUAAAGCCAGAGGACAGUUAGCUUAGCUUAGCAUAAAGACUGGAAGCAAUGAAAUCUGACAAUGCGGCUGUUGGUGUAAAAACCUCAAGUUGUGGUUUUGUGCUUUAGAUGCAUUUGUUUUUGUCUUUAUGCUAAGCUAGCCAUCUCAAAACUAUGCUAACUGCCUGACCCUGUUCUCUGACUGUUUCUUGUGUAAGUUGUACGCUAGGAAUUUAACCUUAAGCUAACUGGUUGGCCUUUCUCCGAGUCUUAAUGCUAAGCUAACCAACACCUGGCUGAACUUUCAUGAAAAAACUAAUUGGCAUCAAUCCCUGUGCUUAAUUCUUCAGGAACUGUUAAAGAUUUCUUAUAAGAAAAGCUCUAACACGAAGAAAUACUCUUCAUCUCUUCUUUGACAGCUUCAGAUACGGAGCGAUGUUUCUAUCUGAGAUAAGCUCAGCAUACAUUUAAAUAAUCAUCACAUUUUGAUGAAAUUCAAAAGAGGCCACUCACAUCAACUGCAGGACACUCAACACUCAGAGGGUGACCGCCAAUAAAAAAAAAAAAAACAAAAACUGUAUUAUUGGUCUCACCAAAGCUGCCACGUUCUCAUUGAACUUUUGAGUCUGUUGAAUAUCACACUGUGUCUGUAUGAAGCCGCCAUGUUGCCAAGUCAGUGGUCAAACUGCAUAUCUGCGUAUAAAGAGGAAACUCGUCUAUUUGCCAAGUAGCCUUUAGCUAACUUGAUGAUGCGGAUACUCAGCUGGGGAGCAGCCAUCAUCACUGCCAGCCUAAAGCAGCAGCCACCGGGGAGGGGGGCGCUACAGAGACCCCACUUUAACACAGACCCACACAGGAUCAACACUACGGACUAAUGCAAUUCAGAACCGUGCCUUGACUAUGUGUCGUUAUCGAUGUUGCCGUUGUCUGUGAGUCCAGCGCAGCCUCUCAGGGUGGAGGCUACAAUCGUAUGAAUGCAUUUAAAUGUGUGUUUCUAAGCUGUAACGCAGUACGGGAACAGGUUUGCAUGAGGGUUUCUACUGAACUACAGGGGCGCCUGCCUGUAGCAACGUUACAGGCAGAGAUACCAGAGGCCUUGAGCACCGUGGGGAUCAGCGGGGUCACUGUUUGAACAGACGUAACAUUAAGGCAAUCCUUUCCUAGGUGUUUCUGUAUGUGAUUCAGUCUCCGAAAGAUAUUUGUUUGCCUCUACAAGAGCAAAAUUCCCCUUGAUGAUGUCACAAUGAUGUCAUCAAGGAUAUAUUUGCCUGCUGGGAUGAAAACGGAGUAGUUCAACAAUGUGGGGAUUUUGCAGUCUUGUAGAAUAUGCUAUUAAAGUUGUCCGCCAGUGUCCACACACUGUGAAAAUGUAGUCAAAGCCAAGAGACAGCUUAGCUUAGCAUAAAGACUGGAAGCAUUGGAAUGUGGCUAUCCUGGCUCGUUGUUUAAAAAAAAAAACACAAAUCGAGUUUCACAGGCUGUUUGUACUUGUUGGUCCAGCCAGCAGCAUUUCACAUUGUUUUCACAUGGUCUUUAUGCUAAGCUAGUUAUCUCCAAUCUGUUCCUUAAUCCUUUAUGCCCUAGCUGAACCAGACGGGAAGUGUGGACCCAGCUGCCCCCUGGUUGACCCAGUUCUGCAACUGUUGUUUAUGUAAGUGGUGGACAGGUAGUUUUAGCAUUCUUAAUGCUAAGCUAAGCUAGCCUACCCCUGGCUAUAGCUUCAUAUUUACAGAAACUAAAACCUAAACAUCAUCAUUCCUGUUAUCGGACUCUGAAGAAAACAUUUGUAAUGUCCUAAAGGAAAAGCUCUGCGAUGAAGAAAUGUACCUUAGCACUUCUUCUACAUCUUUGAAAAUGGAAAUCUUCACUGUUUUUUAUUUUGGACUGUUUCAUUUGAACCAGUCCCACGCUGGUUCCCCAGUGUGUGUGAUAGUGAAGGGUUAGCGCGACUAAACCUUUACCUGCAAGACUGCUUAUAGACUGAUUUUGGCUGCAACCUUAUUAUUAGACUUUAUAUUUAUUUGCCUUAAACAAACGUAAGAAAGCAGUUAAGUCGACCCCUGCUCUGCAUCCCCACUGUGGCCCGAGGCCUGCGUGCAUGAGGAUGGAUAAAGAAAUCCCACAUCUUCAGCUUUAACAGGCAGUCUUCAUCGUAAAGUGUGGAUCAUCACAUUGUGAAUCUAUUGAUGGGCAGGUUAUAGUCAGCAGCUUUCGGAUGCCGUUUGUUUUUUUUUUUUUUUUUUUGCAGAGGACGGACUGCUGUGAGUUAUGGAGCAUGUGGAACUGCUGUUUAGUUUCAUGCGUCGGUACAGUAAUGAUAAUUUAUGGUUGUGGUGCCUCAGAUAGUGACAUGUUUACUUCUAUCGAGCAAAGUAGAAGACUAGUGAAAAGACCUUAAUAUAUUCUGUCCCCCUUGCCUUUACUUUCCCUGCACAGCUAACGAGUGCAAACCAAACUAUUCAACACUGGCAAGGCUGUUAAAUCAUGUCUGUUGAUAGUAGGUGGUGUAUACAUUACUGUUGGUGUCUAUGUGGAAAAGAGAGAAAAACUAAUUAUGCUGUAAAGAGGAUGCCUGAAUGAAUACAAUGAUUUUACUAUUGCAAUGAACCAGUAUUGUAUGAAAAGAAGUACAGUUUUUACUUAUUUUUGAAAUUUUAUUGUCAGUCAGUUACAUUUCAAAUUGUAUGGUAGUGAUGUAUAAAUCUACCUUUUUUUUUAAAAACUGGUACAGCAGAACACACGUCUGCAAACAGACACGCACACACACACACACACACACACACACACACACACACACACACACACACACACACA